CUUUGUUAGAAGAGAGCUUUUUAUGUUCUAUGUUGAUUGUAGUGGCAGUCAGUAAAAGUUUUGUGGAUAUUAUUUUGUAGCCGCUCCUUCCAAGAGACGGGGAGAUUUGGCUGUCAACGGAUUAACCCGCCCAAAACUACAAUUCCCAAACCAAGGGAACAUUUUACCCAGCAUUCAACGGGUUUGUGAAUGGGAUAAUGCUGCAAGAUGGCGACAAUUGCAACUGCUACAAACUUACCAUCUUUUGAUUGUCCAACAUGGGCAGGCAAGCCCCCUCCAGGACUCCAUUUGGACGUGAUGAAAGGUGACAAAAUGGUCGAGAAACUGAUCAUUGACGAGAAAAAGUACUACUUAUUCGGGAGGAACCCGGACAUGUGUGACUUCACCAUCGACCACCAGUCAUGUUCACGCGUGCAUGCUGCCCUGGUCUACCACAAGCACCUGAAGAGGGUGUUCCUUAUUGAUAACAACAGCACGCAUGGUACCUUCCUGGGACACAUCCGCCUGGAGCCCAAUAAGCCUCAGCAGGUCCCCAUAGACUCCACCAUGUCGUUUGGGGCGUCCACGCGAGCCUACACCAUCCGGGAGAAACCUCAGAGCCAGCAAGGAACCAAUGCCGCCACAGGGGACAGCAAGGCCGGAGAGGACGAGGAGGGGUCUAAGGGCCUCUUAGGAUUACCAGAGGAGGAGACCGAGUUAGAGAACCUGACAGAGUUCAACACGGCCCACAACAAGCGCAUCUCCACCCUGACCAUCGAGGAGGGCAACCUAGAGAUCCAGAGACCCAAGAGGAAGAGGCGGAACUCCAGAGUCACCUUCAACGAGGACGAUGAGGUCAUCAACCCGGAGGACAUUGAUCCCUCAGUGGGGCGCUUCAGGAACAUGGUGCAGACUGCUGUCGUCCCUAUAAAGAAACAGAAAAUGGAGAGGCACGGCUCACUUAGUAUGGACGACGUUGUGACGAGGCGCAUCCACAACUACACCUUCGGCGGCGGCCUUUACGGGGACCUGCCACCCACCAGCCACGAGGGCCACCACGCCGGGGCCCCUAGCGGAGCCACUAUCCUGGGAGGUCUCCCUCUGCCCUUCCCCAACCCGGCCCCAGAGGUGAACCUGGCCCCGGACGCCCCCCAACCACCUGUCACGCUCAACCCUGUCCCCGUUACAGGCCCCUAUCUCUCAGAGGUUCUCAACGAGCCCCGCAAGAAAAAGUACGCUAAAGAGGCAUGGCCAGGCAAGAAGCCCACCCCCUCCCUACUAAUCUAACCCUCUCCCUACACUAUGGCUCUUUCUCGAUUUGUCUUUCCUCUGUUCUUUACCUCUCUCAUGCAUUGUAGAAGAUCCAAGGUCUCUCCUCUUGGACCUUCUCCAAUGUAUUUUGAGGCGAGGAGAGCGGCAUGAGAAAUCCAGGAAAGCCGAAUUGGGAAAGAGCCUAUGUGGUGGAGGCAGGGCUGACUCUCGGGGUAUGGGCGGAGACAUCAGGGACCAUGACCCGUUGGAGGCGGAUCGAUUUUUCUUAAGACUGUUUUGUCAAUGUUUUCUACGUUACUUCCUCGUUCUCCUAAAGAUUAUCCGAAAGUCUUCAGUAGUACAUUCCAUGAAGACAGGAACCCCACUCCUUCGGGAGAUGAAUGUUUGAUGUGUUUUACAAAUGAAGUCAUGUAAAAAAAAGCAGUACUUGGCAGACCAAGUCAGUUGGUCAGAUAAGAGUUUUACCUCUAAUUGAUAGUCAGGCAUCGUGCAGGGAAACAAACACGAAGCGAAUGUAACUUAGGAAAACAGCCCUUAUGUUGGAAACAAACAUCAUUAUGUUCUCAUCCAGAUUCACAUGGAUUUAUUUUCCAUGCUACAGCACCCAAUAUUAUAGCAGGUUUUUAAAGGACCUGCUCCGUGUUGCCAUUUUUGCUAUGGGAAAAACAUUGCGAUACUGGUAUCACAGCCUAAUCGUUAUAUGGUUGGUCACUGUGAGUUCCAUAUUACGAUCUCCACUUCCUUCUUUAAGGUCUUGAUAUUUGUUUGAAGUCUAUCUUUGGACAUAGUAUUUUUGCUCACUGUAAACAUGCAUUUACAGUGCAUUCGGAAAGUAUUCAGACCCCUUUUUUCCCCCACAUUUUGUUACUUAACAGCCUUAUUCUAAAAUAGAUGCAGAAUUUUUUUAUAUAUAUUUUUUAUCCAUCUGCACACAAUACUCCACGUCGAAGCAAAAACAGUGUUUUAGACGUUUUAGCACGUUAUUAAAAAUAGAAUGCUGAAAUAUCACAUUUACAUAAUCGCACCUUUGGCAGCGAUUACAGCCUUGAGUCUUCUUGGGUAUGGCGCUACAAGCUUGGUAGACCUUUAUUUAGGGAGUUUCUCCCAUUCUUCUCUGCAGAUCCUCUCAAGCUCUGUCAGGUUGGAUGGGGACUGUUGCUACACAGCUAUUUUCAGGUCUCUCCAGAGAUGUUCAAGUCCGGGCUCUGGCGGGGCCACUCAAGGACAUUCAGAGACUUGUCCCGAAGCCACUCCUGCGUUGUCUUGGCUGUGUGCUUAGGGUCGUUGUUCUUUUGGAAGGUGAACCUUCACCCCAGACUGAGGUCCUGGGCGCUCUGGAGCAGGUUGUUAUUAAGGAUCUCUCUGUACUUUGCUCCGUUCAUCUUUCCCUCGGUCCUGACUAGUCUCCCAGUCCCUGCUGCUAAAAGGUAUCCCCACAGCAUGAUGCUGACACCGCCAUGCUUCAGGCCAAAGAGUUCAAUCUGGUUUUCAUCAGACCAGAGAAUCUUGUUUCUCAUAGUCUUAGCGUCUUUAGGUGCCUUUUGGCAAACUCUAAGCGGGCUGUCGUGCCUUUUGUGAAUGAGUGGCUUCUGUCUGUCCACUGUACCAUAAAGGCCUGAUUGGUGAAGUGCUGCAGAGAUGAUUGUCCUUUUGGAAGAUUCUCCCAUCUCCACAGAGGAUCUCUGGAGCUCCUUCAGUGACCAUUGGGUUCUUGGCCACUUCCCUGACCAAGGCCCUUCUCCCCCGAUUGCUCUGUUUGGCCAGGCGGCCAGCUCUAGGAAGAGUCUUUGGUGGUUCCAAACUGGAUGGAGGCCACUGUGUUCUUGGGGACCUUCAAUGCUGCAGAAUCUUUUUGGUACUCUUCCCCAGAUCUGUGCUUCGGCACAAUCCUGUCUCGGAGCUCUGCGGAUAAUUCCUUCAUCCUCAUGGCUUGGUUUUUAGCUCUGACCUGCACUGUCAACAGUGGGACCUUGUAUAGACCGGUGUCACUGUCCGAAUCAUGUAGAAUCAAUUGAAUUUACCACAGGUGGACUCCAUGUUGUAGAAACAUCUCAAGGAUGAUCAAUGCAAACAUGUACCUGAGCUCAACUUUGAGUCUCAUUGCAAAGGGUCUGUAUACUUAAGUAAAUAAGUUAUUCCUAUAUAUUUUUUAAAUAUAUAGAUUUGCAAAAAUUACUUGUUUUUGCAGAAAAAGUCAAGGGGUCUGAACUUUCUGAAUGGACUGUACAGUUAUUUUUAAAUCUGUUAAACUUGUAAUGUGAACUGUUUUAUACAAGAUGGAUUAUUAUAGGAAUUGACAAAAGUAGAUCAGAGUUUCUGAAAAAAGAUAUGUCCAUUUUCCUAAAGACUGAAUAGGACUAUAGGUUUAUAUUUUUACAGUGCUAUCAAGAUGAGUGCAGCGAGGAGAGAAUUUAAUGUUUACUCAGUUUACAUUCACAAUCAAUCUCAGUAAUAAAGUUAAUAGACUGCGCAGAGUAUAUUUAAAUACUAUCUUCCCAUUCUAAAAAAAGAUUGCAGUAUAACCUGUAAGUUGCAACUCUGCCUGAAUGUUAGUAAGUCCUGAAGUCCUCUAGAUUUUACAUAUCGCAAUGUAAAUUGGCCUGAUCUGAGCCACCAAUAAAAUGGAUUGGUCACAUGAGUUAAGACUGUAAGGUUCUCAGUUGGUGCAAUUUGAUGUUGAGUAUUGUUUCACAGGCCUUUUGAAAUUAUUAAAUUUCAAAUGUGGUACACAUGGUCCUGCAUCAAAGCACCCAUAAAAUGACUGUCAAAAUGUAGCUUCUUGAUGUUCAAAGAACUGUUAGUUUUCACACCAGCAGAAUACAUUCUUAUGAUGCCCCCUUUACUGAUUAAUGAAACAUUUGUGGUAUUUGAGAACUUGCAAAAGCCAUGCUAUUUGCAUUAACUUUGUACAGAUGGACAGACACGUGUACCCAGACCUUUUGUCCCACUUUCAGAUGAUGUUGGAUUUUUUUAUUCACAUAACACUGUAAAUAAAAACUGAAUUUUGUCACAAA